UUUGUCCUUCAAAAAAACUAUAAUCUAGAUACUAAGGUUCAACACCACAUCUUAGCAAAAGAAAUGAAGUCCAUUCAAGCCUUAUUCCUUGUCUUCUCUCUUCUCCUGGUUGCUAACAUGAGCUAUGCAAGAAAAGAUCUAGGAGACCUUUGGAAGAAUAAGAUGAAUAAGCAACCUAUGCCUGAAGCAAUUAAAAACUUUAUUCAAGUUCCAAAAGCAUUAGGUGAAGGAAAAGAAGAUCAUUCUUUUACUACCGACUUUGAUGUAAAUCCUAAUAUCAUAUUAUAUCACACCCAUGUGCAUCAAGAUGAGAAGCCUUUUGAACAUGCAGCAAGGAAAAUGGAGUCAUUGUUACCAAAAAGGGGUUGAAGUUAAACCUUCCAGAAAUAACAAUAACUAUAGAAAAUAGAUUCAUACAUUAAAAUUGUCUCCAAAGCAUUAUUAUGAAUAUAUGAACUAUGCCAUGAUAUGACAUAUAAAAAGUCAUUUAUGUAAUUGGCAUCUGGUCAUGUAGUAUUAGUAUGCCAAGGAAUAAAAAAAUUAUGUUCAUUAUGGAGUAAUAUUGUUAACUUGAGUGCUUGUCUUUUUUUUGGUUA